AUGCAAACACCACUUAACUCUUUAGAAACCAAAGCUGUCAUAUCAGAAACGCUUGAGAGGGAUCCUUCCUUCAGCUUCCUCCACCAGUUACAAAACCACCAUAUCAGCAAGGAGGAGGAAAAAAAGGAAAAAAAUGAAAAAAAAGGGGAGAGUGUGGGGGGCAAGGAAGGAACCAGGCUGCAACUCCAGCUUCCAAGAAACACUUCAAGCGCUCUUCUUCCUGAAGCCGCAGUUAGUUCAGCGGGAAGCGGCCGCCGCUCGGCGCAGAGCCGGGGUCGCGGGUCUCCCCGCCGCGGGCCCUCCUCCCUGUCACGGCUCCGCCGCAGGGGACUCUCCCGAGCCCGACGCAGCGCGGGGCAGAGCCGGUCCCCGACAGACACCAGCGCCCGCAGAGCAGGUUCUCAUCCUCUGCCCCCCUCCCCGCCGAACCGCUCCCCCGCCUCACGCUCCGCGCCGCCGCGCUUAACCCCCGCCUCCCCUACACAACAGGUCCCCGCCGCCGCCUCAUGCUCCCGAGCGCCUCAGCCCCGCGGGGCGGGCGGCCGUGCGGAAGGGACGUUGGGGAAACGAGAGGAGAGGGAGGCUUCGCCGCCGCUGGGAGAUGUGUGCCGGGACCUCUCCCGCCCGUCACCAUCCUCGCCGCCCGCCUCAGUGCCGCCGCGGGCGGUCGCACGCUGCCGCAGCGCAGGCUCUCGCCCACGGCCCGCGGCGGUGCCGGGUCCCCCCCCGCAUCCUGCCCCCGCCCCGGCGCACAGGAGCGGCUUCCCGGCGGCGUCCCUGGUUCCGCUGGGCUUUCGCCCGGAGCAAGUUCUGGAGAAGAUUUGAAAGAAAGUGAUGUCUUGAUUGAUGUGAACUCAAAAAAACUACCCUGAGAAGAAAAUCUGGGAUUUUAUCAUCAAAGACACAAAAAAUAGGUUAUUAUCUCGCACAGCUCAAGGAUUCUUCUAGCAGAUGCAACGGUGAUCUUGACACGAUUUCCAAUCAAAGCCUUGCAUGCUGCUGGUUUACUUUCAUGCAUACCAGUAACAUUUAAAUACUUCGUAUCAUCACAUGCACUUCUGCAUGAAGAUAAAAUAAAAAGUAAUUUAAUCUUUUAA